CACAAACUUUCAUGAAGAAGUUAAUUUGACAGUUCUUCUUUGACAAUGACCUCAAGAAGAGGCAAAAAAACGCCUCGCACACCGGUUUCAACAAACUGCGGGUAUUGCCCACUGCGGGAAGAGCCAGCUGAACUAUGGUGUACUCUUUGUAAACAAGGAUUAUGUUCCGAUUGUAAAGUCCAUCAUAGAUCUGUAGGCAGUACUAAGAAACACGAGGUGCUUCCGAUAGAAGAAUACCAUAAGUUACUGAAUUUUGUUUCAAAUAUGAAGGAGUUUUGUGGUUUGCAUGGAAAGAAGUUUGAUUAUUACUGUGUUAAUCAUAACUGUGCGUGUUGCUCUGGUUGUCUUGCCUCUAAGCAUGCCAAAUGUACAAAUACACAUUUUAUCGACGAUAACUUAACUCAGCUAAAAACACCAAGAAUGUUAACCGAAUUAGAAAAAAGAAGCAAACAACUAGCUUCCGAUAUACAUUCAAUUCGUGAUAAUCGUAAAGAGAAUAUUAAAAAUAUUGAACAACAAAGACAAAAAAUCCAGAAAGAAAUAGUAAACGCUAGAAAAACUAUUAAUCAAUUUUUGGAUAAAAUUGAACAUGAUACACUUGUAAACUUGACCAUGGCUGAAGAAAAACAGAUUGGUGAAUUAGAUGACGUCAUGUUGGAGUUUGUAACCAUUGAAAAGAAUAUAAAACAUAUAAACAAGUAUGUUAGCAAUAUCAAGAAUUUCGGAUCAGAUUCAAAGACAUUUCUAGCCACUUGCGAAAUGGAAGCAAAACUUGAAAAAGAAGAAAAAUCGCUUCACAAACUGUACGAGGAUGAACGAUUGAAACAACGCGAUAUGGAACUUAAAUUCAAUCCAACUUUUGCAUCCUUGUAUAAUGAAGUAAAAUCGUUCGGAGACAUAAUAGUAAAAAAGAAUCCUGUUAGAAUCAUUUCUGCUAGAAGCCGCCAGAGCAACAACAACAUAAACCAAAACGAAGGUGCUUCCGUUACCGUUUUUGGUGUCCGUAAACCAACAUGUCUGUUAUCACUUAAAAGAAGCAUUUCGAUCAAAAAAGGAAAGCGCGAUAACUACAUAACCAGUUGCACGGUUUUACCAAACGGUAAAUUUAUUUUCGUUGAUUGUAGCGACAAGCGUCUUAUCGUCUGUCAUGAAGAUGGCAGCCAUAAUCGUGACAUACCACUUCCGAAUCAGCCUUGGGAUUUGACUGUAGUCGGAAGACAAAGAGUUGCCGUGACUGUGCCUUUGGAUCAUGCAAUACUUAUCAUCGAUGUGGCAAGUGGAUUAACAAUUCAAAGGUUUGAUGUCGAAAGUCAGUGCUAUGGAAUUGACUUUUCUGAUGGUAAACUUGUGGUAAUUUCUCAUCGCGACGGCAUAAAAUUCAUAAAUCUUGAAGGGAACGUGGAAGAAUCUUUAUCACUGAGUGUUUCGAAUGUGUGGUAUGUUGCAGUAUGUCAUGAUCAAAUCGUUUAUUCCGAAUGGAAUACGCAUACUAUUCAUUGCUGUGAUCGUGACGGGAAACCGCUUUGGAAAUUUAAGGAUGAAAAUCUACGUAACCCCCGAGCUAUCACUUAUGACGAAGAGGGACACAUCUACGUUACUGGUCGUUGGUCUAAUAACGUCGUUGCGAUAUCACCAGAUGGGAAACAGAGUAAGGUGUUAUUAAGUAAAUCUGAUGGACUUGAUUGCCCAACAGGAGUAUUUUAUGAGAAGGACAAGAAGCGCUUACUUCUAUGCAGCAGUUUUCAAGGAGCGGUUUCUUAUUACGAAGUAACAAUCGCAGGACAAAAGUCGUCGGCUUGUUCUAUAUCCUAAUUAUCAGCAUUAUGAAAUUUUAAUUUCUUUUCUUUUGUAUUUUCUUAUACACUAAAUAUAUGUUGUGCUUUAUUUCACUUUCA